GCCUCGUGUCCUGGAUUCAUAUUCCGGACCCCCCGAGGCUUCUACUCACCAUUCUUUUCUGGUGAGUGGUUGAAUUGAACAUGGAAAAUGCUCUGAGCUGCACCAGCUCCUCCUCCGCGCCUAUUCUCCACCACCCUCUCUCUUCGGCGUCGUUCACUCCUCAGUUUUCUUCACAGCUCCGACUAUCGAGACUUAAACGUUCAAACUCAGUAGGCCAGCAUCGGAAUCGUUCCCUGGUCAUAAGCAAGGCUUGUGGGCCCCAAGGAAAUGGGUUCCCAAUUAUCCCCACCAGGAUUUUCAUCGAAGAGGCAAUUGGAGCUGAAUAUGGAGAGGGAUUUGAGACUUUUAGACCAGAUGGGCCCCUCAAAAUCGAUGUGGAUUUCUUGAAUGAUAGGCUGCAAGAAGGUUUUCUUCAGAGAAUUCGUUAUGCCAUGAAACCUGAUGAAGCAUAUGGCCUUAUCUUCUCUUGGGACAAUGUGGUGGCUGAUACUCGAGGUUUGAAGUUAAAUGCCUGGAAAAAACUUGCCUCAGAGGAAGGAAAGGAGUUUCCUGAAGACGAUGAAAUACAAAGACUCAUGCUGUAUGCUGGUGCUGAACAUGUUUUACAUAAGGUUUUGCUCUGGGAGAAGGCAGAGAAUGAUAUGGACAGAUUAAAACUGAGACUUUCGCAGUUAUAUUAUGACAAUCUUCUCAAGCUUUCAAAACCAGUCGAAGGACUAAAAGAUUGGUUAGAUGCAGUGUCAACUGCACGCAUCCCUUGUGCUGUCGUCUCAAGUCUUGAUCGGAGAAGUAUGAUUGAGGCGUUGGAAAGGAUGGGUCUUAUAAAGUAUUUUCAGGCAGUUGUGGCCGAGGAAGAUGGUAUGGAGUCCAUAGCGCACAGGUUUCUUUCUGCUGCAGUGAAGUUGGACAGGAAGCCAUCGAAGUGUGUGGUUUUUGAAGAUGAUCCUAGGGGGAUAACUGCUGCUCAUAACUGUACAAUGAUGGCUGUAGCAUUAAUUGGUGCUCACCCAGCGUAUGAGCUACAGCAGGCUGACCUUGCGGUCGCUAGCUUUACUGAGCUCUCUGUUAUCAACCUUCGAAGAUUGUUUGCGCAUAAAGGUUCCUCUUUCAUGGACAUGCAGAAGCAAAUAAUCGAGAAAUCUCCUCCUAGAAGGAAGCUUACUAUUGACACAAUUUUCUAACUGCAGAGGGAAUCGUCCUGUUCUCUAUUGAUAUCAAGUGACGCUUAUGUCCUGAUUCUUUUCCGUCAAAAUUGAUAUACUACUCUCUCUCGAAAUCGAUAGUGUGAUAUGUUUCACUUGUACAGAACACAUUCAUUGUUAAAAAUCAUAGGAAAGCAGAUUAUUUCUUCGUUA